CGAGUCCUUCUCUCCUUUCUUUAAUUAUUUUUCGAAAAAAAAAAAAUUUUUUUCUUUAAUAUUUGAAUAAGUUUUCAAGAAAAUAUUUUCUUUGAAAACUUUCACAAUUAUGGAACAGCUCGAAAUCACGCCUAGUGAUUAUAAAAGGAUCGCGCACGCUGCUUCACCUAUUGUUGUUGUCGGUUUAUCCACAAUCCACCUGAUUUUAAAAAGAUGGCGACUUGGAUCUAAAUAUACAGCUACUCCCGAGAUAGACUCUAUCACUGUGUCUAUUGCAAAGAGACGUGCUAUGUUGAUAGCCCUCACUGCGUUUGAGACCCUAGGUUGGUUAUAUCAAUUUAUUCAGUAUUCCCUCGGUUCGGAACAAUAUGAAUUGUACGAAUCUUUAGAUUUGGCCGUUCUGAGCAUUACCUGGUCAUCUUUGCUGGUCCUCUCAUUUACCUCUCCUACUAAAAAUCAGUAUAAGGAGCGCCAUUAUACUCAAGUUUUCACUUUCAUCUAUUGUUUCCUCUUUGCCGAUUCUAUUUACCGCUUGUUGUCUAUUCCCACCAUACAAUAUUGGAAUGUAUCUUACGUUGUCGUGGCUUUAAUUUUAUUUGUCGUUACUGGUACAACUCCUCAACCUUUUCACCCUAGAGAUUUGCAAGCUGCAAGUUAUGAAAAUUUUGAGAUCAAGAAUGGAAAAGUGUACCGUAAUGGUUUAGAAUUAAGUCCUGAAUCCACUGCAAGUAUUCUUUCUUGGGCUUCGUUUCAAUGGAUGAAUCCCAUGGUUGUUUUUGGGUUCCACAAUACCGUUACACGCGAAAAUAUUUUCGCCUUGACCUUUCAACAUUUGGCUAGAACUACCUAUGAAGAUUAUGUUAACACCAAAAAAUACCUUGCCCAUGCCAAAGUGUUACACCGCAUUUACACCACCAACAAACGAGAGAUCUAUUCUCAGUUAAUAUUCUCCAUCUCUGCUACCUUGCUCGGUUAUCUUAGUCCCUAUUUCCAACAGAAGUUUUUGGAGUAUAUUGAAAUCAAAGAGGAUCGUCCACCUAUUCAGACCGCCUAUUUGCUUACCUUAGGUUUGUUUUUGGUUGGCGUUGCCAAGCUUCUCUGUAAUACAGUUCAAUUAUGGGCCGGUCGUCGUUGGAAUAUUAGAACUUUGAUCAUGUUGGAUGCUGAAAUUUUUGCCAAGACCUUGAGAAGAAAGGAUGCAUCUGGUAAGAUAUCUAAGGCUGCUGAAGCUGCUGAAGCCGCUGCCAAUGCUGCUGAUGCUGCAGCCAGUGCUACUGAUGAUGCUAAAAAGGACGAUAAGAAGGAUGAUAAGAAGGACGAUAAAAAAGAAGAGGAAGAGUCAUUUAGUAAUGUGGGUAAAAUUACCAAUCUUAUGAGUGUUGAUGCCGAUAAAUUAUCUGAACUUCCCGGUUAUAUUUUCAUGAUCUACAGUGCCCCUGUUGAAAUCUUUGUUGCUUUAUUUUAUCUUUAUCAUCUUUUGGGUUCCGCUGCGUUGGUUGGUGCAGUAGUCAUGGUGGUGUGUUUUCCUAUCACUGCUUUCUUUACCAAAAUCACAUAUACAAACUAUGCAGAUCAAUCGGUCGCCACAGAUAAGCGUAACGAUCUCAUCAAUGAGUUAUUACAAGGUAUUCGUAUGAUCAAGUACUUUGCUUGGGAAGAUAACUGGAGAGAGAAGGUGUUCGCUGCCCGUCGUGAUGAAAUUAAAAAGAUGAUCCGCGUUAUUACUUAUGAUGUCUUGCUCAACAUUUUGUUCUUGACUACUCCUGUUCUGGUCACAAUCAGUAGUUUCAUUUGGUACACCAAAGUUUCCGGUAAUGAGUUAACUGCCAGUGUAGCUUUCGUUAGUAUCACACUUUUCGAAAUGUUACGUACGCCUCUUAUGUUUAUUCCCGAAUCUGUAAACAUUUUUACCGAAGCUUAUGUUAGUUUGAACCGUAUUUCCAAGUAUUUGGACGAGCCUGAAGUAGUUGAAAAUUUGAACUUGGAGCCAAUUGAAGUACCUGAAGGUGUAUCUCCUCAAGUGGUUUUGUCUCGCGUUGGUUUCGAAAAAUCUGUUUUCCAAUGGCAUAUUGAAACCGAAAAAGUUGUUGAAGGCAAAAUUUCUCUUCCUAUUUCAGAAGAUGAAGAAGCAUUGAUCCAGUCAUCCUCCAACGUCCCAACUCUAAACUCCGUGGAACAAGCAUCAUCUGGACCUUUCCAAAUCAGUGUCCCAAGAUUCGAUUUCCCUACUGGUAAACUCAGUUUGAUCUGUGGUCCAACAGGUAGUGGUAAAUCUAGUUUCCUUCAAGCUCUCUUGGGAGAAAUGGAUAUUGUUUCUGGUCGUGUAUAUUUACCAUCUAAAACUGUUCUCACGGUCGAUAAUUUCUCUAAGGUUGAUUCCGAAUUCCCUGACUUGUAUAUUGAUAAGGUGGCUUAUGUCGCUCAACAACCUUUCCUUCAACAUGCUUCUAUUCGUGAUAAUAUUCUGUUUGGUCUUCCAUAUGAUGCCGAACGUUACAAGAAGGCUUUAAUCCAAUGUGCUUUGAUCAAAGAUUUGGUUAUUUUACCUGAUGGCGAUCGUACUGAAAUUGGUGAAAAGGGUAUUUCUCUUUCUGGUGGUCAAAAACAAAGAGUUUCCUUAGCUCGUGCCGUCUAUUCGUAUGCGAAGACUGUUCUUUUGGAUGAUUGUCUUAGUGCUGUUGAUGCUCAUACUUCCAAGCAUAUCUACCAAAAGUGUUUCAUGGGUGAUCUUUUGAAGGGUCGUACUGUUAUUUUAGUUACACAUCAAGUAAGACUUUGUCUUCCCGGCGCUAAGUUUUUUAUUAAGAUGGAUCAUGGAGAAGUACUUGGUUGCGAUAGCGUUGAGAACUUGAAGAACAACGGUCAAUUGAACGAACUUUUGGGUUCUGAACACCAAAAUGAUAAUGAUGAAGAAGAGGAAGAAAUCGAAGAAAUUGUUGAUCCCAAUGAUCAAGAUAACAGCUCUACUGAAAUUGAUCUUGAUAAUAAGGCCGAGGCUGCUAAACUUGUGCAAGAAGAGGCUUCUGAAAAGGGUCAAGUUAAGUUCAAGGUCUACCUUACUUAUUUGGCUGCUUGUGGUGGUUGGUUUUUCUGGCUUGCUGUCAUUGGCUCUUAUAUCUUUGCUAGAAUGUUAACUUUUGCUGAAAAUUGGUGGAUCAGACUUUGGGCUGCUUCUUAUGAACAAUCUGCACCCAUCAAUGCUACAAUCUCUGCUCUUAGUGCUGACUUGAACCCCCAAUACUUAAUUGUAAACAACAAGGUACCCGUUGUUAUGGGCGUGUUUGAUACUUUGGGUGCUGCUAUGCAAAAACAAAAUGUUUUCAGAUCCUGGGUGUUUCAAGAAAAAACUCCUGUAAAUGUUGAUUAUUAUAUUGGAAUUUAUGUUGCUAUUUGUUUUGCAUACAUCCUCUUUGAUGGUCUCAGAAAUGUUAUCGUCUAUUGGGGUUCAAUUAGAGGUGCUCGUACAUUGUUUGAUUCUUUGGUCAAUCGUAUUAUGCACGCACCUAUGCGUUUCUUUGACACCACCCCUGUUGGUCGUAUAUUGAACAGAUUCGGUAAAGAUGUUUCUGUUGUUGAUAUGCAAAUUGCUCGUUCUGCCAGUUUCUUGAUUGAAUGUGUUACCGGUAUUUUUGCUUCUACUAUUGUAAUUACUACAAUUACACCUCCCUUCUUGGUUGUUGCUAUUGCUAUCAGUGGUUUAUACUUCCUUAUUGGUAUUUUCUACCUCCGUAUCUCUCGUGAAUUGAAGCGUCUUAAUUCGGUCAGUCGUUCCCCUAUCUACUCUCACUUUACGGAAUCAUUGGUCGGUGUAACUACUAUCAGAGCUUAUGGUGUUGAAGAACAAUUUAUGAGACAAGUUUACGAUAAGAUUGAUGCAUUUGUAGCUCCAUUCUACUUCCUUUGGAUGAGUAACCGUUGGCUCUACGCUCGUAUUGAACUUACUGGUGCCUUUGUUAUUUUAUUCACUGGUUUCUUUUUGAUCAUCAACAUUAACUCUAUUGAUGCUGGUAUGGCUGGUAUCUCUCUAUUCUAUGCUCGUCAAUUUUUAGAAAACAUUUAUUGGUUUAUUCGUCAAUAUACCACAGUCGAAAUGAAUCUUAACUCCGUGGAACGUAUUCAAGAGUACCUCGAAUUAGAACAAGAACCUCCUGCAACUAUUGAAGGUCAUCGCCCUCCUGCUGCCUGGCCAACCACUGCUGCUAUUGAAGUUAAAGAUCUUGUUGUCAGUUAUUCUCCCGAACUCGAUCCCGUAUUGCACGGUGUAUCUUUCGCAACUGGAGGUCACGAAAAGAUUGGUAUUGUCGGUAGAACAGGUUCUGGAAAGAGUACCAUGGCUUUAAGUUUCUUCCGUUUCUUAGAAGCUACUAGUGGUUCUAUUUCUAUUGAUGGUAUCGAUAUUUCCACGAUUGGUAUUCAAGAUCUUCGUUCACAAUUAACUAUUAUUCCUCAAGAUGCAGUCUUGUUUUCUGGUACUAUCCGUUCUAACAUUGAUCCUUUCGAGGAACAUUCUGAUAGCGCUGUUUGGGAGUCUUUAGAACGUGCGCAUCUUUCCAAGUCAUCAGAUCGUUUUAAGCCUAGUGCUACAGGUGAUUCUACACCUAGCUCAUCUGCUGCUGUUGGAGAAAGUAAACAUGUAUCUUCUAUCACCAGUUUAAAUCAACAGGUUAGUGAUGGUGGCAACAAUUUCUCUCAAGGUCAACGUCAAUUAUUAUGUCUCGCUCGUGCUUUGCUCAAAAAUAGUAAACUUAUUAUUAUGGAUGAAGCCACUGCCAGUGUAGAUUAUGAAACCGAUACCAAGAUUCAAACCACAAUCCGUGAAGAGUUUACCAAUUCCACCUUACUUUGUAUUGCUCACAGACUUCGUACCGUUAUUGAUUAUGAUCGUGUGUUAGUUUUAGAUCAAGGAAGUGUCGCUGAAUAUGAUACCCCUUACAACUUAUUAGUAAAUAACGCUGGUAAGGGUGUCUUCAAAUCCAUGUGCGAGAAAUCCGGUGAAUAUGAAAUCUUACUCAAGAUGGCUACAGAAGCAUACAACACCAAGGAAAUUGGAGAACAAUCACCAGAUAACCAUACCCAGCUUUACUAGACACUUUCAUCUAUUUGAAAGACGUUCAUAUUUACCUUUCAGUUUAUUUAAUUAAUAAAAACAUUCAUAUUUUUUCCGAGA